GUUUUUCGUUCCACGUGAAAAUCAAAAAGAUACUUCGCAGCUAAUUCGCCGGCGAAUUCGCCAUUCACAAUUCGCUCUUUGAAAAUUCCCCUUUAUAAUUAUGUAACUUUCAGAACAUUUUGAAAUGCGUCUCAGAUACAUACUUUCAUACCUCAGAGGUUAUAAACAAAGUUUCGUUAAGUCUAAAAUGAGCAGAAAAAGAAAUUAUGCUUCAUCUCAGAAUGCACCAGAAUUAUGCAAAACUAAGAAGACGUGUUUAAGAAACAAAAAAGGUGAAAUUGUGUUUGAAGACUUCAUAGAUUUUCUUCCAAAUAAAACUCCAGAAGAAGUUCUUCAAGAGGGUUCGUUUGGAGGAACUUACUUUCGUCCAAUACGAUCAUCAGUAACCAAUGAAAGGUACAAAGAGGCGUGGAAAGAUCUUCCUGAAAGCUGGUUGGUUGGUUUAAAAGUAUCUUUGCAAGUUGCUUCUCCCACUUAUGAUAAGAAUGUGAAUAAAUAUAAGGUGAAGUGUGGUGCUUCACUGGAAGAGUGGGAGCGAUCAGGUUGGAUAAAAGCUCAAGAUCCUUACGGUUGGUUCCAAUGGUAUUGCAGAUUCUAUCAAGGACGCCGUUCGUCUGAUGAUGAAAGACAAGUUGGAAGAUGGAAACGAUUCUUGGCAAGAUUUAAAUCGAAUUUGGUCAACAAAAUCCGUAAGGCUAACACAACUUAUAAUGACUUCACCAUAUCGCCAGUAAUACGACAAUCACUAUUGCACUGGGGUUAUGAAAUCGUUGAAGCAGACAUGCAAAGCACAAAAAUGCGACAAAAAGAUACAUAAAAACUUAUUGGUAGAGUUCCAUUAAUUUGAUAGCUUUUCAGGAUUUGUAUACUAAUAUUUUAAAAGCUAUUUUUCAAAAACGCUCAAAAUUUUGUUGUGCAACUAUGUCAUUAUAAAACCUUCCAGAAUUUUUUUAAAUUAUAGUAUUCUCUAUUUCUCAAUUCAAGAUUUCUCGUUUUUGUUGAAGUAGAAAGUGAGAAGAUGAGAAAAGUAAGCUCGAAAAACGGUCGAGAAAAUAUUUUUUAGAAGUUACAACUUUUUUUUAAUGUAUAUAUGUUUAUAAUGUGUGUAGAAGCUUAAUUAUUAUUGUUUUGAUGCUUGCCUCUUUUUUCUGGGUUUCAGUGUUGCCACAAGAUUUGAUGGAAUUGUAAAUUGUAAUUUUUUUAUUACCAAAUCAGAAAAUAAACGCUCUUAUUUUUUAAAA